ACAAAAAAAAAAACAACAAUCGAUCCAUUGAAGAAUAACCAUCUAGUGGUGGGACCGGACCGGACCGUGGUUGGUCACCGUCAACGACGUCAUACCGCAGCCUCGUUCGUAUCUUCUUCUUCUUGUUCUCCUCCAAUCGCAAUCAUAUACUUUGAAUUCAAUUUUAUUCGUAAAGAAUUGUAUUUGUGGAUGAUUUUUCCCAAUUGUCUUGUUGCUAUUUUAUUAUUAUUUUCUUGACCAGUUGUUACCUUGUUCGAUUCGAUUCAUUUAAUUCCAUAUUCGUACGCCUUUUAAGUUUUUAGCAUUGAGAUUUCCGUACAUUCGCAAGAACCCUAGAUCGGUUGUUGUUUGAUCGAUGGUGAAGGAGACGGAGUAUUACGAUAUUCUUGGGGUUAAACCUACCGCAACGGAAUCUGAGAUUAAGAAAGCUUAUUAUAUCAAGGCGCGCCAGGUCCAUCCAGACAAAAAUCCAAAUGAUCCUCUUGCAGCACAAAAUUUUCAGGUUUUAGGAGAAGCUUACCAAGUAUUGAGUAAUCCUGAUCAAAGACAGGUUUACGAUGUUCACGGGAAAUCAGGAAUCUCAACCGAGGCAAUCAUUGACCCAGCCGCUAUCUUUGCAAUGCUUUUCGGGAGUGAACUAUUUGAAGACUACAUUGGCCAGCUUGCGAUGGCAUCCAUGGCUUCUUUGGAUAUUUUCACCGAAGGGGAGCAGAUUGAUACUAAAAAGUUGCAAGAAAAGAUGAGGAUUGUGCAAACGGAAAGAGAAGAAAAGUUAAUUACAUUACUUAAAGAUCGUCUCCAUGAAUAUGUGCAAGGAAAUAAAGAUGAUUUUAUCCGUCAUGCUGAAGCUGAAGUAUCAAGGCUCUCCAAUGCAGCUUAUGGUGUGGACAUGCUCAACACAAUUGGAUAUAUUUAUACUCACCAAGCUGCCAAAGAGCUUGGUAAAAAGGCUAUUUAUCUCGGUUUACCGUUUAUCGCUGAGUGGUUUAGGAACAAAGGCCACUUUAUAAAAUCACAAGUUACAGCCGCGACAGGCGCAAUCGCUUUAGUUCAGCUUCAAGAAGACAUGAAACGACAGUUGAGUCAAGAAGGGAAGUACACAGAAGAGCAACUCGAAGAAUACAUGGAGUCACACAAGAAGAUAAUGAUUGAUUCUCUUUGGAAGCUUAAUGUGGCAGAUAUUGAAGCCACGGUUUCUCGUGUCUGUCAGAUGGUUCUUCAAGAUCAUACCGUGAAAAAAGAGGAGCUUCGUGCGAGAGCUAAGGGAUUGAGGAUCCUUGGUCGGAUCUUUCAGAAGGCAAAACCAGCCGUUAAUGGGCAUGAAAGUGAACCAAUGUUACACUCUGGUAUGCAUAAUCUGAAUGUUGAGGAUACAGAUGAUGCUUCAAAAGCUGCAGAAUCUGGUCAAAGUUCUCAACCCACCAUGGUACCACAGAGUCCAUAUGUGGAAGCUCCCCAAUUUCCUGGUGUAGAAAAUUAUGAUUUUCCUAUGCCAACAGUACCCCCUGGGGCCCAGAGAUCUUAGUGAAGUUGCAUGGUUGAAUUGGGAUGGUAUGUCAUGUGUUUUGUAUGUAUAAUUUUGGUAAUGAAGUUGAAUUUGCAUGUAUUUAACUGAACACAUAACUUUCAUAUGAUUUUUAAUUUGUUUAUUAUAAGAACAGAAUGUAUUUUCUUUUCC